GCUGUGCAUGUCGGAAGAACUUCAAGAUCUGAAUAAAAAAAAGAGUAUAUGUAUAUAUUUACAUAUAUUGGAAGUGCAAACGAAAAAAAGUAAAUAAGGAAAGUGCUAGUGCUGAACUUAGCUAAUAAGAAAGAAAGAUAAACCGAAAUAAGCUCUACUCAAAAUAUAUGAAAGGCAAAUGUGUUUUGACAAAAAUUUGACCAACUCAACGAAUUAAUUUAAACGUUUACAAUUCGGUUUCGUACGCCGCAGACACCACUUGGAUUACGGGUUUCCGGUUGCGCGUCUCGCUGAACUUACUGCAAGCAAAAAGUUUACGAACAAACGAAAACAAAAAAAUUGAAAAACACAAAAUGGUGUAGUGGCACAAAAUUGGUACUAAAAAAAUUUAAAACAGCAAUAAACGCAUAAAUUAAAAAAAAUGCGCAAAUUAAAGAAAUAACAUUUUGCCAAGAUCAGCAACACCUUGAAGCGUGUGCGAUUUCGUUAGUGAGUGAGUGUGCUUGUGUUGCAAUUGUGCAAAAAAUCAAAAAAGCACAAAUCAGCGUAUUUAAUGAAAAGUUAAAAAAAAAUUUACCACUGAAACGACCAAACUAAAAUUCCAAAACCAACAAAAAAAAACACCACGCAAUGUCAACGAAAAUGACGCUAAUCUCCAAGACGAUCCUCUCCGUCCUCAUAUUCGUCAUAAUACCUGUGCUCGGCGCGGCGCUUAGCAAAACAGUGCUCUAUCAGGCGCCCGACGAGUGCCGCUGGUCCGGCACCAGCGAGGUGGACAUCACGCUCGUCUGCCACCUGCGCACCAUCAACUCCGAGCUGGAGAACACCAACUUCAGCGUCAUACAGCCGCAGAAUACGAUACGCUUGCGGCUAGAGUGCAACGAUGCACUCUUCUUCCAGAGCAGCCUCAGCCCGGACUCGUUCCGCUCGUUGGUGGAGCUGCGCGCACUCACCAUCGAAUACUGUAAGCUAGGCAACAUCACAGAGGGCUCGUUCCGUGGUCUGCAGGAUUUGCGUAAUCUAACGAUAUGCACGCACAACGGUGACUGGUCCACCAUGUCGCUGGAUAUUGCCAGCAGCAGCUUUAGUGAAUUUCGUCAACUAGAUCGCUUAGAUUUGAGCUUAAAUAAUAUUUGGCUCAUACCAGAUGGCAUGGUGUGUCCACUGAAGGUGCUGACGCAUCUGAAUAUCUCACACAACGAGAUACAGGAUAUUGGAAAUUUUCAUUUUAGCGCCUCGCUUAGUACGCGCAAGUCGCGCAUAUGCGGCUCAUCGCUGACACAUCUCGAUCUGAGCGCCAAUAAGAUUGCCAACCUGCCAUCGGCAAUCUUUUCUGGCUUGGGUCGGCUGAGCAACCUGAAUUUGGCGCGCAACAGCAUGAAUUUUAUUGCAGAUCGCGCAUUCGAGGGACUGGUAUCGCUUUCCGUUGUUGACCUCUCCGGCAAUCGUUUGACUUCACUGCCACCUGAGCUCUUCGCCGAAGCCAAGUAUGUGAAGGAGAUCUAUCUGAAGAAUAACAGUAUUAAUGUGCUUGCGCCAGGUUUAUUUAGCGAUCUGGCCGAUUUGCUGGUGUUGGAUAUGUCGGCGAACGAGCUGAAUUCACAGUGGGUAAACGCUGCCACCUUUGUCGGUUUGAAGCGGUUGGUGCUGCUUGAUUUGUCUGCAAAUAAGAUAAGCAAACUGGAAGCCAGCAUUUUCCGUUCACUUAGCUCGCUGCAGAUACUCAAGUUAGAGGAGAACUACAUUGAUCACAUACCGGACGGUGCAUUCGCCGAUCUGGCCAACUUACACACGCUCAUUCUUUCGAACAAUCGCAUUUCCACUAUCGGCCCGCACACGCUGCGUGGCCUCUACGGCAUACUUGUGCUGAGUCUCGACUACAAUCGCAUCGCCAAGAUAGACACGCAAGCGCUGCGCAAUUGCUCUAGCAUACAGGAUUUGCAUUUGAAUGGCAAUAAGCUGCAGACCAUACCGGACGCACUUAGCGCUGUGCCGCUCCUGAAGACAUUGGACAUUGGCGAGAAUUUAAUUACGAACAUUGAAAAUACCAGCGUUUCGGCGAUGAGCAACUUGUACGGCUUGCGACUGACCGAAAAUGCCAUUGAGUACAUACGGCGCGGCGUGUUCGAUCGCAUGACAUCGCUGCAGAUACUGAAUUUGUCCGGCAACAAAAUCAAAAGCAUCGAAGGCGGUGCACUGCAUCGCAACACACAGCUGCAGGCCAUACGGCUGGAUGGCAACCAUCUGAAAAGCAUCGAUGGCUUGUUCACCGAGUUGCCCAAUUUGGUGUGGCUUAACAUUUCGGAUAACCGUCUGGAGAAGUUCGACUACUCGCACAUACCGACCGGUUUACAAUGGCUGGAUGUGCGUGCCAAUCGCAUCACGCAGCUAGGAAACUACUUCGAAAUCGAAAAUGAACUGAGCCUGAGUACCUUUGAUGCCAGUUCAAAUAUGCUUAGUGAGAUCACAGCUAGCUCAAUACCGAAUAGCGUGGAAGUGUUGUACUUGAACGAUAACAUGAUCAGCAAAAUACAACCGUACACGUUCUUCAAGAAACCCAAUCUGACGCGCGUCGACCUCAUACGCAAUCGGCUCACGACACUGGAGCCAAAUGCUCUGCGGCUCUCGCCCAUACCCGACGACAAGGACAUACCUGAGUUCUACAUUGGCCACAAUCCAUUCCAGUGUGACUGCAAUCUAGAUUGGCUGCAGAAGGUCAACACCGAGUCACGCACGCAACCGCAACUCAUGGAUCUCGAUCAGAUCUACUGCAAGUUGUCGUAUGCGCGCGGUAAGACGCACGUGCCGCUCAUCGAGGCCAAGUCAAAUGAGUUCCUCUGCAAAUACGAGGCGCACUGUUUUGCGCUAUGCCACUGUUGUGACUUCUAUGCAUGCGACUGCAAAAUGGAGUGCCCAGAUCGCUGCGCUUGCUACCACGACCAAUCGUGGACAUCGAAUGUCGUCGACUGCUCGCGUUCCGCCUACGACCGCACACUGCCAUCGCAUAUACCAAUGGAUGCGACACAGCUCUACUUGGACGGCAACAACUUCCGCGAACUCUCAAGCCACGCAUUUAUUGGACGCAAACGGCUAAAGGUGCUGCAUCUAAAUCACUCGCGUAUCGAAAUUGUGCAUAAUCGCACCUUCUACGGCUUGCUAGAGCUCGAAGUGCUGCAGUUGAACCACAAUAACCUGCGCCAGCUGAAUGGUAAUGAGUUCCAAGGACUGGAUAAUUUGCAGGAAUUGUACUUGCAGCACAAUGCCAUAGCCAGCAUUGACACGCUCACCUUCACCCACCUCUAUCACCUGAAGAUUUUGCGUCUCGAUCACAACGCCAUCACAGAAUUUGCCGUUUGGAAUUUUCUGCCUUCCUAUCUGAAUGAGCUGCGCCUAGCUGGUAAUCCUUGGUCUUGCAGUUGUGACUUUAUCGACAAACUGCGAGAUUACGUUAACCGACACGAGGCAGUGCAGGAUAAGGUGAAGCUGCGUUGCUCACUACUUGCUGGCAAUAAUGACACUUUGGCUGGCAGUAACAACAGCGCUCUGCUGGCGCAGCAGCCUGGCCCCGAGCAGCUAGCGAUCUAUCUCAGCGGCGAUCCGCUGCUGGAUGCACAAACCCACUUCGUCGCUUGCAAUGGUGGCCUGCAGGCACCACAGCAGCAAUCGCCGCUCGGCGCUGGACAGUACAACGGUGGCAUCGGUCAUGGCGCAGACCCCAACGACAACGUGAUCAUCAACGGCAACAUGACAUCCACGAAAAUGAUACUCUCGCAGCCGCCUAUGCACGAGUAUGUGCCCAUACUUGUAGCCAUACUGACCAGCUUUGUCUUCGUGAUCAUUUGCACGCUGCUCGUGUUCAUCUUUCGCCAAGAAAUGCGCGUCUGGUGUCACUCACGCUUCGGCAUACGGCUGUUCUGCAAUGCCAAUCGCGAUGUCGAUAAGAACGAACGGGAAAAACUCUUUGACGCCUUCAUCUCGUACAGCUCCAAAGACGAGGCAUUUGUUUGUGAAGAUCUUGCGCCCAUGCUAGAACAGGGCGACACGCGUUACAAGCUAUGUCUACAUCAUCGCGACUUCCCGGUGGGCGGCUACAUGGCCGAUGCCAUCGUACAAGCAAUCGACACCUCACGACGUACCAUUAUGGUGCUUUCCGAGAAUUUCAUCAAGUCAGAGUGGUGCCGUUUCGAGUUCAAAUCGGCGCAUCAGUCUGUGUUGCGUGAUCGACGGCGACGUCUCAUCCUAAUCGUGCUUGGCGAAGUGCCACAAAAGGACAUCGAUCCUGAGCUGCGUCUCUAUCUGAAAACCAAUACAUACCUACAGUGGGGCGACAAACUAUUCUGGGAAAAGCUGCGUUUCGCGCUGCCCGAUGUGCCCAACAAUCAACGGCGCAUGCGCAAUGCAGGUGCUGGUGUCGCCGGCUGCACCGGCGUAGGCGUACAUAUGCCCAUCGCCCAGCUGCCACCCACACAUCAUCACCAUCAGCAUCAUAUGCUCUCGGCAGGCAGCAGUAGUGGCGUUGGCAGCAACAUUGGCGCCGGCAGCCAUCACCUGCAUCACAUGCACCCGCAAGCGGCGCUGCAACACCAUCAGCUGCAGCACGCCAGCUUUCGCUCACAAAUGCAUCACAACAUCAACGGCAGCCGGCAAAAUCACAAUCGAAACAACUCGGCUGCCGCGGCGGCACAGCAACAACAUCAACAGCAGCAAGCGGCAAUGCUAAUGGGUGCGCCAGGACAGUGCGCGCAAUUGCCACAGCAGACGCAGCAGCUACUGCCCACAGCGCCGGGAGUGGGCGCGCAACCCAGUAGCAUACAACAGCAACAGCUGCCGCCACCGCCGUGCCCCAGUCCGCGCAGCAUUACGACGCAGUCAUCGGCGACGGGCGGUAGCUCACAGAGUUCCGGUCGUAUGGGCGUGCACAUCUAAGAUGGGCCACAGCAAAGGGAUGCGGUCUACCGCACGUGUAGUGUGUGUCUGUGUGUAAUGUAAGUGUACAUAAGUAUGUAUGUGUUAGACGCCGGGUAGCACAGGCGAUGAUGAGUGCCAGGUAACGAGUAGGAGGUGAGUGGCAAUAAGUGCUGAAAAGGCUAUAAGAAAAAGCUGCAAAUUUUAAGUGUUUAGCAAAAGUGUGGUCGUGUGCUAGAGAGGCUUUCGCGAGAGAAAGGCAAUGUAGAGUCAUUGAAAUUUAACCAAAUCUUUUGAUAAUCGUCACCGUCACAGUAGGCUACCUACUCCCAAAAAAGGAGCUGCUGAUGCAAAUUCUUUAUAGACUUUGUAUUACUUUGAAGAUUUCUAAUUGAAUCGCUAAUGAUACAUCAAACUUAGCUUUAAGUUGGCUCAUAGCUUUUAAUUUAAACAAAAAAUGCUAUGAUCAUAGGUUCUUAGCAUUCACUUUGCACACACACACACAUACAAUGCUCUAACAUGAUGUGUGCAACAUUUGCCUUUCACAUUUUGAAUUUUCGAUCAGCGAUUUGCAAACAUUUCCCAAAUUCAGGUCAAACAAAUCGGCGCAACAAAAAUAUCGGCAGCUGAAAGGCAGUACAAAGGUAGCAAAAAAUAGGAAAGAAAACAAAGAAGAGCUGAUUGCAACACUUGCAUUUAAAUACAUGCAUAUAUACACAUGUAUGUAUAUAUAUACUCAUAUGUAUGUAUGUAUGUAUACCAAAAUCUGCAAAUAAAUGUAUACGUAUCUACAUUUGAUCUAUUUUGAAAACAAAAAAAAAGUCCCAAAAACCGACAUUCAAUAGUCGAAUACAGUUGGCAUUGAACAUUUACUUCGUGCAACAUGACGAUUGGCAACAUGUUGCCAUUACUUUGUGCAUUUUGCACUUUUUCGUUGUGUUUCUUAAACAUAUUUGUUUGUGUGUAUUUGUGUGCAGCGUUGCAAGCCAAUAGGAUUGCUUUUUUAUUUUUAUUUUUAUUUAUUUUUUUUUAUUUUUUUUUAAAGAAAGCAGUUAGUCACGUUAAAGUUGUCGCCUGCUUGUUGACUGAAUGACCAACGAACCGAACACUGACUGAGCGGCUGACUGAUGUUUUAUUAGGCUGUAGUUAAGUUUGAUUUUAGGGAUUGGCUUAAUUUGCAAGCUACUUGCAAGUAGUUGAAAUUUAGAUUUAGAUUUUGGGUCACUCGAACACAGCUAGCAACAUUUAAAGCGAGUGCCCGUAGCGCAACAUCUCAGAAAAAAAGCAAGACAUUUUAGAAAAUGAAGAAUUUUGAGACCUUUUUUUGGGAGGAUAUUUAUUUAAAUGUAUGAAUAUAUCUCACAGAUAGUUUUUUUUGUGAAACUACCAGCUUCUAAAGGCUUCAAAGUCAAUGCAAGGUUAUAUGUGACGUCAUCAAAAAAAAAAAAUCAUCUCAGAUCCUCUACAACAUACAUAAUUGAAAACUGAUCCCCUACAAGUUCCACAUUCUUUUUAGCCUUACCUACAAAUUCACAGACUCUCAUUGCUCUAAUUUCGGGUAUAUUAUAUAAAUUUUCCAAUUCCCGCAACAAAAACUAUGCUGUCUUAUGGAUGAAAGGCACAAACUGAAAAAAAUAAACAAAAAGUGUACAGUGAACCGAAACGCACACAAAAAUGUGCAUAUUUUACAUGACAACAACAACAAGAGCCGCAACCACUUCACCACAAUAAUUUUAUGUCGGCCAUGGCAAUGGAUCUGUGACUGCGCAUGCUGCCGCCAUAAUCAAGUUGUACCGCGUAACCGCGCGCAAUCGUACGCUGUCGCCUCGCCGCUGCUGCGUAAUGCGAUGAUUGGCAAUAUUGCUGCUGCCCGCUUAGUACUGGCUAGCUUUGUUGUUGUUGUUGUUGUUGUUGUUGCUGAUUAUUAUGCACGUUUUACAUUAGCAAGACAGAGUGUUGUUGCAGUCGUACCUGCUUUAGUUGUUGUUUUUGUUUUAUAUCAAGUUGUUUUUCUUACUCAAUGCCCAUUAUGAGUUUCCUGUGCGCCAUAGUGAUACAGAAAAUUGAUGUUGCAUGCAACAAUCAGGGGAGAAAAAAAACACGAAUCCAAAAAGCCAGACGAGAGCAAAACCACUAGACACCGUUCAGAAAAGUUCAAUGCAAAAUUGUGGAAAAAACAGUAGGAAAAGAAGAAAAAAGAAGGCCAAGAAAUUAUGUACAAGUAGACGGACGCAAAAACAAAGUGGCCGCUACAAGCAAAAAAAAAAACAUGCAGACGAAGUUGGCCGGCUACAGAAAAUGGCAUAAUAAAGACACAACAACAAGAACAUCAACACAAAAAAAGGUAACAAAACACACACACACACAUAAAUACAAUUGAAAAGGUGGUAACUGCAUAGCCUACAGACUUAGUUAUGGUGAAGAGGUAGAAGCAGAGAGCCGUACGCGUCAAACAGUCACUUGGCUCGAAAGUGAGCCAGACAGACCAACUGCAGACAGCUGAAGACGAACGACAACCCAAAACAGACGCAGAGUUGAUUAGGUAGCAAGAAACGGCCAAAUUGAUCGCCACAUAGCAGUUGGCAGGCAGCAGAAUGAUCGCCGCGCAGAGUCAAAUUCGAACCGGACCGGAUUGUGCCAGGCAUUGUGAUGGAAUAGUGUUGAAGAUCAGUCAAAGAUGAAGGUAGACAAGAAGUGUAGAGUAUAUGAAAGUUGAAAGAAAACAGUAAACAAAUGUAUCGUAGCAGGAGACAAAGACUAUGAGAAGGCGAAAGUAGGUGCUGCAGAUGAACGAGGGGAGACAGAAAGGUAGAAGAAACCAAAUUCAAAAAGCAAGAACAGGCAUACACCAAAUGCCAACAUGAACACGAACCAGCUCGACAAACAGACAGUUGGGCAAACGAACGUGCUAGAGCGCCCAAGAGUGGCUUCAAAUAAAUAUCGAUCGUUGUUAACGAAAACGCGCAAAACCUAAGUGACUCACAUAUAUAUUCGACAUUGGUAUACUCGUUGUAUCCCUGCAGUAAAAUUUAGAGACAGUCUGGCAAAGCGCUAGUUCCGAACUACAUAUCGCAGGACUGUCUCUGAACUGGUGCAAAACGGCUGCAGAGCGAGACAGUUGAAACUUGCUGUGUAAUGUACCUAGGUCAGCGAGAAGACGUCCGACUCAAGCGUCUUUGCUCGCGCGUUCCAAUCGCGGUGGAGGCAGUUUUGAGUUUUCAGAUUUAAUAAAUUUAAUUCGUUGCGUGCCGCUUACAUUUUUUUUUAUAAAAUAUGCAACAAACAUGGAAUCUGUAAAAGGAAAGAAAAAAACGGAAAACAUUUUCUGAUAAAAGAACUGUCCAAACUGGAGCCGGUUAAAAAGUAGUUGCAAAGUAAUGCGCUGGGCGACAAUUGCCACCGAAAAUGGCAUCGUCGCGUAAAAGUGGGCAGUUGAAAGCCUUGCUUGGAUAUUGAGCUAGAACUAGUACUGUCGGAAAAAUGGUCUAGUUCUACGCUAGUUCUGAGCUAGUCAGAUUUUCUACAGGGGGGAUUGUAUGUACAGCAGAACGCGUUGUUCACGAACUGAGUGCGACUGACUGCGCGAGGCACACUGUCGAUUGAAUUUCGUUCCGUUUAUUGCAUGAAAUAAGAGGGGUAUUCACAAGCAAUUCAUUUCUUUGUCACUUAGGUAUAUUUCGUAUAUCUUUUUAUGCAUAUGGCAAUAUAGGAAUAAGCUGCUUGCAUUUGGCCAAGUUUAUUCCUCAGCAGAUAAAUUUAAAUAAUCAGUAAUUGGUUCCUUACUCACGAACAGAUAAGAACCUAAUAACGCGAAGGAGUUGCUGGUUUCAUUAAGCACCAUUCUUUGAUUAAUUUUUUUAAAUUCUUUAAUGCCUCUCUUUGUUGAUUGCUGCAGGAAAAAUAAAGAGACAUACCUAGCAGUUACGAAAUAUAUAACAUUUGACAGACCAACAGGAAUAAAAUGAAAAGUCCAAGUAACGAAUUUGACGUGAAUACCCCUAACAUUUUAUUUUUGCAAUUUCUGUUUUUUUUUUUGGUUACGCUCAGCUUGGCCGUAAACAUGCAAGCGAGACAUGAAAAACAUGGAAGUAAAGCAACUGCAGGGCAUUGAACAAAUUAAAUAAAAAAGGCGCAAUGCGUAGUUAUUCAAACAAACUAAGAAGCAACGGCGAAAUUAAGGAAAUAAAUGUGAUCAGCAGAACAUUUUUGUGAAAAAGUAGUGAAGAAAAGGGCGAAAUUUAUUUAGGACAUCGAGUAUGUCUGGGAAGGAGUUUUAAGACAUGGAAACUGAAAAAGUGAGAGGUUUUUAAUAAAAGAUAAUCCAAUUUUGACAGAAAAACUUGACUGACAGCUUUAAAAAGCUCUCGAAAGCUAGAGUUUUCCUACCUUACUUUUUUAUGCGAUAAAGUGUGCAUUUGCCAAUAAGAAUUUUUUAAAUGCUUUAUAAAUCGACAGUUCUAUGAAAGUGACUUUAUUUUCCAUGAAUAAAACCAUAAAAGUAUAAAAAAAUAUCCACAUAUUUUGACGUUCAUAUGUAGGUCGAGUGUUUGCUUUGCACUUGCCAACAACAAUGUGCAGUUUUGCACAUUGAAGUUCUAAACUAAUAGCUCAAAACAAAUAAAUGCUGAACCUUACCAUGAAAUAUCAAACUUCUUCUCCAAUAGGUGGUGUAGCACACAAAAUUAGCCAACAACAAUAUUUUUAUAUUGAAGCUCAAACAAAUAAAAGCUUAAUCUAAGCAUGAAAGCUGUGAUUUAACUAUUAAAGUCUAUUAAAGCUGCAGCCUCAUCACAAAAGCUUCGCCAUACGAUUAAACGGAUUUAAAACUCAUACAUAAUAAAUAAAUAACAAUAAAAUAUAAAAAUCUCAAAUUUUAAAUACAGUUUUUUGCCGAAAAGUUCUUGCCUUGCGGAAAGCUUUUCAUACAACCAAAGGCCUCAAAGCCUGUCUGCUUAAUUAAAAGCCAUGGCUUAUGCAGCUUUUGGUGACAGCCGCGUGCAGCUGUCUUAUGAAAGCUCUUAGUGAGAAAAAUUUACAUGACAUCGAAAACUCAGAAAUACGAAAAUAAGACAAAUUGUUUCAAAAUAGUAGACAUAAUUUCGAAUUACUGUUUGAAUUAGUUCUUUUCCCUUUUUCUCACAAAAGGUAUCAUUGCCUUUUUCGACAGCCCCAUCGCAACACUACUGAAAGCUUGAACGCAGCUCAUUGCUUUGCACUUAAAACAGAGCAACAAAUUGAAAGCAGUAACUACUUAAUAAAAGGGCAUUCCACAUUUUUUUUUUUUUGUAAAUACUACAGCACUCACUCUUAUUCGAAUUUCACUCAUCUAACCGUUACACCAUCGGCAUAGAAAAUGCAUUUAUUAUACACUGCAGAUGUAACUAAUUUAACUGAGAAAUACGAUUACCUUAUAAGUUUAGUGUAUAACAACAAAUCAUUGUGAUAUGUAUGUAAAGAAGAAAUAGAUAUAUCUAUGUAUAUGUAUAUGUAUUUAAACAUUAAAUUACAAUAGAAAAGUGAAGAAACUACGAUUACUAUUAGAUAUCUAUGUAUUUAUGUGUGUAAGUAAGAAAAAAUCACUUAGCUUUUAAGCCAACCAACAUGCUACGUCCUACAAUUUAAUUUAAUUUUAGUAAACAAAAACUAAACCAACAGCAAAAAAAAAAAACGCAAAUGAAAAACAAAAGCCGGAAAGUGAGUGAAAAUAAAAACAAAAAAUUUAAUUUUGUAACAAAAGUCAUUAACACUGCUGUAAAUAAUCGAAGUAAUCGAGCAUUGAAUGUGGAAAACCGUCCGACGCGCCGGUAUUUACCUACCUGUGCGCUAAUGCUUUUUUAUUUUUAAUUACUGUUACCUUUACUCUCUCAAACUCCAAACUCAAAAUUCAUAGGCGUACUUAAGCGGCGAAAGUUUUUCUUGCAAACUCGCUUACACAUAUGCAUACAUACAUAUGCAAAUGUAUGCAUUUGUGUGAUUAUGUGGGUCCUUUGUAUGGAAAUGCGCUCGCCGAAGGCCAUAUUAUGUAAUAAAAAAAUAAAAAAAUAGACUACAGACUGUGAAGUAGAAAAGUAAAAUGUUUAAGUUGCUUUUUACUCAGUUCAAGGCAAUAAAGAAUAGUAAACGAGACAAUAAAGCUUAUGUUGUGGGGCUAAGUGGUGGGUUCAUAUGCGACUGUAAAGCUACCUAAGCUUUGAUAAGUGGAAACUGAUUUGGUCACAAAAAAAAACAAAAAAACAAUCGAAAAAUGCAACAAUCCUCCGAAACUAAUGUUAACUGACUGAUUACUUUUAGUAAGUGGCACUUAAAUAUUAAUAAAAAAAAAUUAUGUUAACUAGCAAUUUAAAUACAAAAUACACACACAUGUAUGUAUGUAAAAAUAAAAAGCGCUUAACUCCGUAAAAAGGAGCUCGUUAAGAGC